GGCUUGUCCUGGGUUCCUGUGAGCAGCCGGCACCACGCUGUGCAGUCCAAGCUCGGACGUGUGUGAUAACCAAGGGGCCAGCAGCUGGAGAUGCGGUGGCUCGAGCCCUGAGGACGAGGGUGCAGAUGAGCCAGAGUGUCCUGGGGGCCAAGGGAGCAGCAGAGGGACCCAGGGGGCGGCCGCAUGAGAGCAGCUGGAGCCCAGCAGAGCACGUGGAGUUUUCAGGGACCGGACAGGACAGGGAAUCUGGAGACGAAGGGGAGGCCAGAGGGCAGGAGGGAAGGAGAGAGGAGGUCAGCCAGGGUCUCAGAGCCAGGGGUCCGGAGGAUCGUCGACAUGGACGCUGAGCCCACCACGCCGAGGGCAGGGGUAGCACGGGAGGGCGACACGGGGCCAGACGUAAACCCCUGGGGCCCAAACCUGGUGCGUGAGUUCCACCCCAGGGCUGCAGCUACCGCUCAGGGCCACUUGCGUCUUAUUCUUUACUUAGUUUUGAUUUUUGUUUUCUUUUAUAAUUCUAGACAUUUAUAUUCUGUUUUCAUCCCCAAACCGAUACCUUACUGUUCUUUACUCUUAGAGCUUUGGUCACCCCGCUUGCGGUCACCACUCACGGUGAAUUGCUCCUUGUGUGUCCUGUUGUUUUUCAUCGUGAGCUCCCCUUAGUGCAGCUUUUUCCCGCUGGUGGCUGAGGGCCAGGUCCCCAGGGCCGUCCCCAGGACCGACCUCCUGAGCACACGUGGAAAUAAAUCCAAAUCCAAAGGCCAGAGCUGGGUCCUUCUAGACCUUUCCUUUUCCCAAGCAACGGGUGUGGUGCUGAUGGAGACCCCGCCCCCUCCUCAGGCAAUGCUGGACGGUGGCCCCCAGGCUCUGUGGGAACCGCAGCCCCCUGCUGGUGCCCUUCAGACCCCUGAGAGGUGUGUGUGGCCUUGCCUAUCCAUCCUGGAGGGUGACAGCUGUCCUCAGGGUCUGUUUGAGGCCAUCUCAGGUCCACCCUGGGCCGGACCCCAGCAGGUCCUCGGUCAAGGGAGCCGCAGUGACCUGAACCACUGGAGCGGGCAGGGCGUGGCGGGCUGGCCGUGCACAGGGCCCUGCUGGUCACGCAGAGGACGCCCGGCUGCUCUAGAGACGGUGCUCCGGGAGGAAGCCCAGAGGGGAUUCGCCGCCCUGGAGGACCCGCUCUCCGCCCUCCUGGACAUGCUGGACAGCAGCCGGGGCUGGCAGGGGAAGGGCCCCUCCCUGGAGGCCUGGGUCACCCGUGAGCUGAAGCGCUGCUUGCAGGCACAGCUGUGCCCGGGGCCGGCCCGGGGCAGCCCAGGGCUGAAGCAGCUGCAGGCCCGUGCGGUCAAGCUCCUCGCCGAGAGCCCCCCCGGCCUCAUAGAGCCGCUGGUCAGCAUCUUCCAGCUGCAGGACGCAGACCGGAGCCCCCUGCUGGCUCAAGUCCACCGGCUACACCAGGAGGGCAAGUUCAAAGAAGCCAUCGUGCUGGGCGCAAAGCUGCGGCUGCAGGCAGAUCUUGAUGUUGAGAAGAUGUGCCUCCCCCUGCUCCUCCAGGACAAGGCAGACCUCGUGGAACGCUACGUGGAUGGCUUUCCCGACCUCCAGCGGAGGCUGCUGGCCCUCAUGGACUCCUGGUGCCAGCCCGGCUUUGACAUCAGAGUCGUCGCCAGAAGGUACCCGCAGACGACCUUGAGGCUGGAGAGGCUGAGCCCCAGAGCGCUGGGUCGGCAGGUCCUGCGGCUGCUGGAGCAGCAUGGCCUGGACCCUGACCUGUGUCCCAACGUCAUCACCCAGCAGCGCCUGGCCGCCCUGCGGUAUCUGUGCUACAAGAGGCUGGUAGAGAGAAGCGUAUCUCGGGAGAGCUGGGCCGAGCAUGUGCAGGGCCUGGUAGGGCAGGACCAGUGGCUACAGGAGCAGCUGCUGCAGCUGCUGACAUCUCACGACAACACGGCCCUGGUCGCCCAGUGUGCCCUGGACCUCUUGCUGCCCGAGGAGCGACUCCCGGCCUCGGUGGCCGCAGAGCUCCGCCAACUCAGGAUCCAGGAGAGGACGGCUGAGGCCCCUCUGGAGGACGGGAAGGACGAUUACUACCAGCUGCCCAUCCCCAGGGAGCACCUCCACUUCCUGGCCUCGUGGGAGGACCUGGCCAGGCACCAGGAGGAGCUCCUGCAGCCCGGCCAGGUGGUCGGCAUGGACCUGGAGUGGAGGCCCUCGUUCGGAGCCGGGGGCCGGCCCCGGGCGUCGCUCAUGCAGGUGGCCGUGGAGGGCCGCGUGUUCCUGCUGGACCUGCCCCAGCUCUCAAGUCCAGCAGGAGGGCAGGCGCCCCAGGCCUUCUUCCGGCUGGUGUCCCGGCUGCUCGCGGACCCCUCCAUCACCAAGCUGGGUUAUGGGUUGGCGGGGGACCUGCGGAGCUUGGGUGCCUCCUGCCCGGCCCUGGCCCAGGCCGAGAAGCAGCUGCGGGGCAGCGUGGACCUGCUGCAGGUGCACAGGCAGAUGCGGGCAGCAGACAGGCCAGCCCCAGGUGUGGAUGGGGCCGCAGGGCCGCGGGGCCUCAGCCUCCUGGUGCAGCAGGUGCUGGGCAAGCCCCUGGACAAGGUGCAGCAGCUUUCCAACUGGGACCGGCGGCCGCUGUGCGAGGGGCAGCUGGUCUACGCAGCCGCUGAUGCCUACUGCCUGCUGGAGGUGUACUGGGCUGUGUGCAGAGAGCCUGCGCGCUUCCACCUGUCGGGGGACCUGGCCAGGAGCCUGAGGCUGGGACGCGGUGAGAGAGCAGGGCCUGGGGAGCUGCCGCCCCUUCAGAAGGCCUCGACCUCACCCCAGCAGGUGCCCGCGGGUGAGGACGCGGCCCCCGAGGUCCCGGCCAGGGCCUUCCGCGUGGUGUGUGACAGCAUGCUGCAGGGGCUGGCGCGGAGACUCCGCUGUCUGGGCAUCGACGUGCUGGUGCUGGCCACGGGCGAGGACCACCGCAGGGCCGCCGAGGUGCUUUCCGUAAGCUGGUUCUGCUUUCUGUCCUUCCCUGAUGGUGUGCUGAGUCCUUCCAGCGAAUCCCCGGACCUGGGGAUGGUGUGGGGACCCUGCUGCCGCUCCGUCCUCCUCCCUCUGGCCUCAGUUCAUCUUGGCAUCUGCAGGGGGAGCCCCACCUCGCUCUCCCUCCGCCUCCACCUUCCCGUGGUGGUCUGGAAACAGCCCCUCCGUGGGCUUUGCUUGGAUCUCGUUGACACUGUGAGCCAGGGUGGGGACAGUGACGUGUCAUCACAUCGAGUCCUCUGUGCGUGAGUGUUGGUCUCGCUCUUCUGCGAGGGUCCCACGCACGUUUUGUAAGCUCUCCACGAAGCCCUGCCACGUCUGUGAGGUUUCACCCCAGGAACCUUCUGCUUUGUUGCCACGACGCGCGGUGCUGCUCGCUUUUCUGCGGCUACACAGAACUGUGGUGGGCCUUUAGUUCUUAGCUGGCCGAGCGUUGAUCUUACAUCUGGACACCUUGCAAAAGUCUCCUAAAUUCCACUGAAUCGACUCAGUUCUUGGGGUUCUCUUUGUGGACAUAUCUUCUGCAAACAGGUUGGUUUCAUUCCUUCCUCUCCAGUCUGUAUGGGUCUUCUUUCUUUCCCUUAUCCUGUCCCAGUGGUCGAGGCCUCCAAGGUGGGGUUGACUAGGUGGUGACCGUGGCCGUCUGUCUCAGUUCUGACUUGACAGGGAAUGUUUCUCCGUGAACCACGGUGGUUGCCAGGCCCCCACACCAGGCUGGGGAGGCUCCCCGGGUGCCAUAUCCGCUGCACGUUUCAUCAUGAAAGAAGCUGAAUCCUACCUGAUGCUUUCUCUGCAGCCAUUGAGAGCAUCCCUGUGACCUGUGCACGUGACAAACCUUUUCAGUCUGGACCCAGCCUAGCCAGCAUGUCACGUGGCUGGGUCUGCCUCCAGGACCGUGUCUGACACAGAACUUCUCUUCCUCACCAUCUUCUCUUCCACCUCAUAAACAAGCUGGGAGUUUUUCCUCCUCUCUGCUUUCUGCUGCUUUGAGUAACAUUUAGAUUAUCCUCUCAAACAUUGGCCGACUUCCUGCAAGGCCUCCUCAGCCUGGUGUUUCAGGGGGUAGGCGUUUCCAGGAGUCUCUGAUUCUUUCUUAUUUAGUAGUUUUAGGACUACUUAGUUGUCUGCAUCUUCUUGAGUCACUUGGUAGUCCGUACCUCUUUCUGGAUGUGCCCAUUUCACAGAGUGUUUCACGUACGUGGUGGUGUCCGGCUCCGCUGUGAAAGCUCCGCGGUACCUGCAGGUGGUCAGCUUCAUUCUGAUUGCUGCUCACUCGUGCUCCCCCUCUUUCCUGAUCGCACAGAGGUUUGUCAAUUUACUAAGUCUUUUCAAAUAACUAGUAUUUGGCUUUGUUGAUCCUUUCUAUUUCAUUCUUGUGUUUUUUGUCUCAUUAAUUUCUCUUCUUAUCUUUACAGUUUCCUUCCUUUUGUUUGCUUGGGGUUAUUUCCAAGUGGAGUGUUUAGCUCUUUAAUUUUCAGCCUUUAAAAUUUUAUGAUGUAAACAUUCAAGGCAAUAAAUUUUUCUUGAAGUACGUUUUCGCUGCAUUCCAUCCGUUUUGAUAUGUAGUAUUUUCAUUACUUUUUCGUUCUAAUAAUUUUUGGGCGUCUGUUAUAAUUACUUACUUGACUUGAGUUCUCUGAAAGGCUGUUUUUCAGUUUCAGAAAGCUUGGGGUUUGGGAGCUUAUUAGUUAUCUUUUAAAAAUCAAUUUCUCACCUAUCUGAAUUGUAGCCUGUAUACUGCUGAUUUAGAUAUCUGUGAAGACUUGCUUCGUAGUCAAGCAGAUGAUCCUUUUUACAAAUGUUCCAUGUGGCUUUAAAAGGCCACAGUCUCCUCCAGCCAUGUUCAUUUCCCUCUCUUGCUCUCACACACUCAGUAGGUCAAGCUUACUUAAUGUUUGCUCAAGUCUUGCGUAUCUUGUUUGGUUGUUUUUCUGCCUGCUUCUAUCGAAGACCUCGACAGUGGGUUCACCAAGUUCUCCUUGUAGUCAUGUCAGUAUCUGCUUAAUAUGUUUUAAAGUUGUUAUUAGGUGCACGUGCAUACAACUUUUAGAAUUCUUGUAUCUUCCUCUUGAGUGAAAUCUUUUACAAUUAUGAGGUGAACCUCUUUGGCUCUAGUACUGCUCUUUGCAGUAAAGUCUAUUUGAACUAAUAUUAAUACCAUUUCUCCAGCGUUCUUUGGUUAGUAUUUGUAUAUCCUUUUCUCACCCUUUUGCUUUCAACCUUUCUUUGCUCUUAUUAGGUGUAUUACUGUACUUAUAAACUGCUUCUAAAUGGACUUUUAAAACUCUAGUCUGACAGUCUUUGCUCUUCAACCAAUUUAAUCCAAACCAAGUUUAAUCCAUUUACAUUUAUUGUAAUUACUGAUAUAAUUUGUGUUUAGUUGUACUAUAUAACUUGUGCUUUCUAUUUCUCCUAUUUCUUCUGAUCUUUUUUCCCUUUAUUUCUUAUAUUUUUUUGUCUUUUUCAUCCUUGUUUCUAUUUUUUUCCUCUAUUAGUUUGAAAGUCAUAAAUUCUAUUUCUGUUCUUUUAGUGAUUGGCCUAGAAAUUUUAACAUUUAUUUCUGAGUUGACAAUGUCUAAAGUUAAAAUUAAUCCAGGGAUUUUAGGUCAAUUUAGCUUUCUUGCCUGCUUUCCGUUUUACUUGCUAUUAUUUUCCAGUAUUUUUAACACAUUGUGGUUUUUCUUAGUUCUAAAAAUUAGACAUCAUUAAAUCUGUUUUAUGUAUUCUGUCCCUUUUCAAGUUUAUGAUGUAUGGACAUGCACAUGCACUCCAAGAAAAAGCAGGCUCUUUUUCACUAAAAGAACUUCCUUUGCUAUGACCUUUCAUUGGGGCCAUUUUUCCCUGAAAACUCUGUUUCCUCUGUCUUCUGAAAAAGAAUGUUGCAGGGUUUAUAGCUAUAGCUUGACAGAACUCCGAUAAGAGUCCACUGUCUCUUGCACCUGUCAUUGCUGUUGGGACGUCUGCCUUCCGUUCUUGUCGCUCCUGGUUUUACUCUCGGCUGCCCUUUUGUUUGGGUCUUUCCUCAUAUUUACUUCAGUUGUGUGUGUUUGUUUUUAAUUUUGCUUUUUUAUUAAUCACAUAGAUAUAUAUUUGUUACCACUACGAAGUAACCACUUAUUGCUUUUUUUUAAUUGUGGUAAAAUAUAUAUAACAUAAAAUUGAUCAUUUUAACCAUAUUUAAGUGUACAGUUCAGUGGCAUUAAGUGCAUUCACAAUGUGUGCAACCGUCACCACUGUCUAUAUCCAGAGCUUUUUCAUCGUCUCAAACAAAAACUCUAUAUGCAUUAAGCAAUCAUUCUCCUUUUCCCCCUCCCACAGCCCCUGGUAACUACUGUUUCACUUUCUGUCUCUAUGAAUUUGACUCCUCUAGGGACCUCAUGUAAGUGGAAUCACAUAAUGUUUGUCCUUUUGUGUCUGGCUUAUUUCAGUGAGCAUAAUGUCCUCAAAGUCCAUCCAUGCUGUAGCACAUGUCAGCAUUUGCUUCCUUUUUGAAGCUGAAUAAAUUCCAUUGUACAUUGUG